CUCUGCUUCCACCACUUCCGCUUUCGAGAACAGUUCUCACCCUGGGUUGGUAGAAUCGGACGGGCGCAUGCGCAGUGAGAAGAUCUCGGUCAAAAUCGCGUUCAAAAUUGCUUAAAAUACAAACUCUAAGAAUGGGAUCUAAGAGUCGUAGUGACUGGUUCAGAGAAAACGUAAUUUUGAGGCCGAAUUCGAUUGUGACGCAGUUUAAAUUGGCUUCUCCCUCUGCCCCCCCCCCACUUCACGCUUCCGUCCUGACGCAGAUGCGCAGCCGCCUUCCGCACUGCAGGCCCGUCCUUGGCCCUACCCUAGUCAGCUUCCUGGCGCAUGCGCAGUCGCUUCUCCGGCCUUUUCCUGCUUUGUGCGUACGUCAGGAUGGCUGCCUCGGUAUUGAACGUGUUCCUGAGGCGCCUUCCUAGCAUUUCGCCCUUCAGAGGUGCCUACGGAGUUCAGGUUCCGCUCCAGACUCUUUGCACCAAAGCCCCGGCUGAGGACGAUUCUUUGCCCCCAGUAUCCGUUUCCCCUUAUAAGGAUGAACCGUGGAAAUAUCUGGACUCAGAAGAAUACCUGAACCGCUAUGGUUCUCGCCCCGUCUGGGCUGACUACCGUCGCAACCACAAAGGUGGAGUACCCCCACAGCGGACUCGAAAGAUGUGUAUUCGUGGAAAUAAAGUUGCUGGGAAUCCCUGCCCCAUCUGCCGGGAUCAGAAGUUGCAUGUUGACUUUAGGAAUGUCAAGCUCUUGGAACAGUUUGUCUGCGCCCACACGGGUAUCAUCUUCCAUGCUCCAUAUACAGGGGUCUGUAUGAGGCAACACAAGAAUUUGACCAAGGCCAUCCAGAAAGCCAGGGAUUAUGGUCUCCUCAGGUACCACAUUCCCCAGGUUGAACCUCGGGACCUUGACUUCAGUACCUCUCAUGGAGCUGUGAGUGCUACUCCGCCAGCCCCAACUCUGGUUUCAGGUGACCCCUGGUACCCAUGGUACAGCUGGAAACAGCCACCAGAGAGAGAGCUGUCCCGCCUUCGCCGGCUCUACCAGGGCCACCUCCGAGAAGCAAGUGGCCCUCCACCUGAGUCAAUGCCCAAAGUGCCCCUUACAGCCCCAGCUGAAGCAUCCUCCACUGAGCAGGCUGGCCCCCAGAGUGCUUUGUAGGCGCUGUAGACUGAGAUGGGAGCUGGGGGGGAGGUCCCUGAUACAAUAUUUCUCCCUGAAGAGUUGUGUCUACUCUGUGGCCAACAGCAGGCCCAGGGCCAGAGAAAGAAAAUGAUUGUUGGUGAAAGAGAUAAAAUACAUCUGAGGCUGAGGGAGGGCAGUACAGAAGUGUAUGGGAAACCCCAGGCCCUCUAUAUUGUAAAUAGAUGGGCUAACCAUUCCGUUACUGUUUCAUACCUGUGCCAGCUGAGCUUUUCCACAAUAAAGCUGUACCUUGUCUCUGGA